AUGGCUACUCCAGGACACAAGAGACAGUUGACCAAGGCGACGGGCGAGGAAAUCGAUGUUGAUGUCCUUGUCAUUGGAGCCGGCCCAACCGGUUUGGGUGCGGCAAAGCGAUUGAACCAGCUGGACAGCGCCUCCUGGUUGAUCGUUGACAACAACGAAACCCCGGGUGGUCUGGCCUCGACCGAUGUCACCCCCGAGGGCUUCCUUUACGACGUCGGCGGUCAUGUCAUCUUCUCCCACUACAAGUACUUUGACGAUUGCAUCAACGRGGCUCUGCCCAACGAGUCGGACUGGUUCACCCACGAGCGAGUCUCUUACGUAYGCUACGCCGGCCUGUGGGUGCCAUACCCAUUCCAGAACAACUUGUCCAUGCUGCCCAAGGAGGACCAAGUCAAGUGCUUGGAUGGAUUGAUCGACGCAACGGUCGAGGCCCGUGUGGCCAACGACAAGCCAAAAGACUUUGAUCAGUACAUCAUGCGGACAAUGGGUGAGGGGAUUGCGGACAUCUUCAUGCGACCAUACAACUACAAAGUCUGGGCUGUGCCGACUACUAAGAUGCAAGCCGCAUGGCUCGGAGAGCGUGUUGCCGCACCAAACCUCAAGCUGGUCACCAAGAACGUUGUGCUCAACAAGACAGCAGGCAACUGGGGACCAAACGCGACCUUCCGUUUCCCUGCUGAGGGCGGUACUGGUAACAUCUGGAUCAAGGUUGCCGAGACCCUUCCCAAGUCCAAGACUCGCUUUGGAAAGCAUGGCGAGGUUCAGCUUGUCGACCCAGACAACAAGCGUGUGCUCCUCGGAGAUGGCACCACCGUCAACUAUGAGAAGCUGAUUUCCACCAUGUCCGUUGAUCAUCUCUGCGACCAUAUGCGUGGCCACGACGACCUUAAGACCCUCACCAAGGGCCUCUUCUACAGCACCACACACGUUAUCGGUGUUGGUAUUCGUGGUGAGCGACCAGAGCGUAUUGGAGACAAGUGCUGGCUGUACUUCCCUGGAGAUGACUGCCCCUUCUACCGUGCUACCAUCUUCUCAAACUACUCUCCCAACAACCAGCCUCAGGCGAACGUCAAGCUCGCCACGCAGCAGAUGGCCGAUGGCAGCAAGCCUGAGUCCACCGAGGCUAAGGAGGGCCCAUACUGGAGCAUCAUGCUCGAGGUUUCCGAGUCGAGCAUGAAACCCGUCAACGGCGAGACCAUGAUCCCCGACAGCAUUGCCGGUCUCAUCAACACCGAAAUGCUCAAGCCUACCGACGAGAUCGUCUCAGUCUACCACCGUCGUUUCGACCACGGCUACCCAACUCCUUCUCUCGAGCGUGAGGGUGUCCUUACCCAGCUUCUCCCCAAGCUCAAGGACAUGGACAUCUACUCUCGCGGACGCUUCGGCAGCUGGAGAUACGAGGUUGGCAACCAGGAUCACAGCUUCAUGCUUGGUGUUGAGGCCGCGGACAGCAUUGUCAACGGCUCCGUGGAGCUUACUUUGAACUACCCCGACUUCGUCAAUGGAAGAAAGAACGAGGAGAGGAGAUUGGUAGAUGGUGCACAGGCCUUCUCGAAGAAGGGUCUCCCAAGCCGGGCAAAGUAG